AUGGCUAUGAUAAUAACAUGUAAUAGAUCCAGUCCACCUUUAGGGGGUCUGUUUGUUGUCGAAUAUGUCAAAAUUUCAAAGAAAGUAAAUUUCGAAAUUAUAUGGACUGAUGAGGCAGUGGAUAAUAAAUUCAGUAAUAGUAAUAAUUUAGCAAGAUCCAUUGCGAACUCUUUCAGCCCUGACCUACGAGGAUCUACUGUUACUGAAAUCACUGAGGUAGAUCAUUGGCUAAGCUUGUCAUUGGGACCCUUGAAUAAAAAGGGCGAAUUUGUUAGUGCCCUUGAUAUUUUGAAUAGAUCACUGGGACCUGUGACUUAUUUGGUUGGAAAAAGUCUCACAAUUGCAGAUUUUGUAGUGUUUUCAUCAUUAUAUGUGAGUAGGCAAUGGUCAGAGCAGCUAUCUUCUAAUUCAGCUCCAGUCAAUGUCCUGAGAUGGUAUAAUUUUAUGAAAGCCCAAAAUUGUGUACAGAACACACUCAAUUCUCUUCCUUCAGAAGUAGUUGCAAUUUUAAGUUCAGUAAAAACUAGUAGGCUAUCAGUUGAACCCUCUAAAACUAGUACUAGAGCUCAAGAAGGAAAAUUUGUUGAAUUACCAGGUGCAGAAAUGGGCAAGGUAGUUGUCAGAUUUCCACCUGAAGCUUCAGGCUUCCUACAUAUUGGACAUGCUAAAGCUGCAUUACUAAACCAAUAUUACCAAGAAGCCUUUCAAGGAAAAUUGAUUAUGAGAUUUGAUGAUACCAAUCCUGCCAAAGAAAAUGUCCACUUUGAAAAAGUUAUUUUAGAAGAUGUGGCAAUGUUACAAAUCAAGUAUGACAUGUUCACACAUACCUCACAAUACUUUGACUUGAUGUUGGAUUACUGUGAGAAGCUUUUGAGAGAAGGGAAAGCUUAUGUUGAUGAUACUGAAGCAGAAACAAUGAAAGCACAAAGGGAACAGAGAAUUGAUUCAAUAAAUAGAAGCACCUCUGUUGAUGAAAAUUUGAAACUAUGGGAAGAAAUGAAGAAAGGCUCAGAAAAAGGUCAGCAAUGUUGUGUGAGAGCAAAAAUUGAUAUGCAAUCUCCAAAUGGUUGCAUGAGGGAUCCAACUAUUUAUAGAUGCAAGAAUGAACCCCAUCCUAGGACAGGGGAUAAAUAUAAGGUGUACCCGACCUAUGAUUUUGCAUGUCCCAUAGUAGAUUCAAUUGAAGGAGUAACACACACACUCCGUACAAUGGAGUACCAUGAUAGGGAUCCACAAUUCUAUUGGUUUAUUGAAGCUUUAGGUUUGAGAAAACCUUAUAUCUGGGAAUACAGCAGGUUAUCCAUGACAAAUACAGUUUUGAGUAAGAGGAAGCUUACCUGGUUUGUUAAUGAAGGCUUGGUAGAUGGCUGGGAUGAUCCUAGAAUGCCUACUGUAAGAGGUGUUUUGAGAAGAGGAAUGACAGUACAAGGGUUGAAAGAAUUCAUUAUUGCACAAGGAUCUAGUCGUUCUGUAGUAUUUAUGGAAUGGGAUAAAAUCUGGGCAUUCAACAAAAAAGUAAUCGAUCCCAUAGCCCCACGAUAUACUGCUUUGGAAUUUUCGGAACCUGUGCCUGUGUUAGUUGAAGGUGCCAAACAAGAAUGUUUGACAGUGCCAAAGCAUCCCAAGAAUGCAGAAAUAGGUACAAAAGAAGUGUGGGUGGGGCCCAAAAUACUCAUUGAUUUAGUUGAUGCUGAAUGUCUCAAGGAAGGAGAAAACACUACCUUCAUCAACUGGGGUAACUUACUCAUAAAAAAAAUCAACAGGCAAAACGGUAAAAUUAUAAAUGUGGAAGCAAAAACAAACCUAGAAAAUAAGGAUUAUAAAAAAACUUUGAAAUUAACUUGGCUAGCUGAUGUAGAAAGUGUUCCAUUCACACCAGCUUGGUGUGUUUAUUUUGAUCAUAUCAUAAAUAAGGCUGUUCUUGGUAAAGAUGAGGAUUUCAAGCAAUAUAUUGGCCAUGAAACAAGGAGAGAAGUUCAAAUGUUGGGUGAUCCAGAACUGAGGAAUCUAAAAGCUGGAGAUAUUAUUCAGCUGCAAAGACGUGGAUUUUUCCGAGUCGAUGUUGCCUAUAGACCUGUUAGUGUGAAUACUUGUAAAGAACAACCAGUGAUCUUGUUCUCAAUACCUGAUGGGCAUGUAAAUGACAAUCCAUUAGGUAUUGCUGUCCCAGCUAAAUCUGCCCCAGUGCAGAAGGCUGCUGACAAAAAUCCGACUGUAAUUGCAUCACAUGAAACUGCAUCAGAAAUCAAUGCAGAGAUAAUUAAACAAGGGGAUAUUGUUCGUAAGUUGAAGGAACAGAAAGCAGCCAAAGGUGAUAUUGACGUUGCCGUGAAAAAACUAUUGGCACUGAAAACGGACUACAAAAAACUCACUAACACCGACUGGAAACCGGGUUGCGUUCCUUCUUCUGCUGGAUCAGUUCAGGAUGGUGGGGUUCUGAAUGAGAAAAUCGCUGCCCAAGGAGAUAAGGUUAGACAACUGAAAUCUCAGAAAGCCGAUAAAGCGACUAUUGAUGCUGCCGUUAAAUCUUUGCUAUCAUUGAAGGCAGAAUACAAAACACUUACUGGAAAAGACUGGACACCCGGAGCUCCCUCGCCGGCUAUUACUAGCCAGCAGACAAACCCAUCCCUGGAUGAAUCCACUAUCCUACAACGCAUAUCGGCACAGGGUGAGAAAGUUAGAGAUUUAAAAGCGAAAAAAGCUGAGAAAGCUGUAGUCGAGGCCGAAGUCAAAGUACUGCUAGGUCUCAAAUCGGACUACAAAAAUCUUACUGGAAAAGACUGGACACCUGGGACUUCCUCUCUGGCUAUUACUAAGCAGCAGACCAAUUCAUCCUUGGAUGAAUCCACUAUUCUACAACGCAUAUCGGCACAGGGUGAGAAAGUCAGAGACCUAAAAGCGAAAAAAGCUGAGAAAGCUGCGGUCGAGGCUGAAGUCAAAAUACUUUUGGGUCUCAAGUCAGACUACAAAAAUCUUACUGGAAAAGAUUGGAAACCGGGUGCAGUUCCUAGUGCUCCUUCUGUCCAAGAGUCCCCUGCUACUCCGAUAUCAGUUGAUAACAGUGUUGUUGGAAAUGAUAAUUCUGAACAAGAAGUGUCAGUUCGGAUUUUGAAAUCAGCUCAGGCAGGUAAAGAAAAAACGAAAGUAGACAAAGAAUUGAAAGCCACCAUGAAACCCCUGGAUGCAACAAAUGUUUCUUCUGCUUCUGGAGACAGUUCUGGUAAAGAUGCUCUAACACUUAAGAUUACAGAGCAGGGCAAUAUAGUUAGAGAUUUGAAAGCAAAAAAAGCAAGCAAGGGAGAUAUUGACGAAGCAGUGAAGAUUCUACUCGAUCUGAAAGUCGAGUACAAAAAUCUAACAGGUACAGAUUUCCCAGUGCCAGGCAGAACUCCAACUAAACAAAAAGAAAGCAAAGCAACCGAAAAAACUGCCAAACCGAAAUCAGUUGUCAAUGAAAAGAAACCAGUUGUGGAUGAGAGUAGUGUUAAAAAACAGACCAGGCUUGGUCUGGAAGCUAAAAAGGAGGAAAAUCUUUCAGAUUGGUACUCUCAGGUCAUUACAAAAGGAGAAAUGAUUGAGUACUAUGAUGUAUCUGGUUGUUACAUUCUUCGGCCCUGGUCAUUCGCUGUUUGGGAGGCUCUCAGCAGUUGGUUCGAUGCUGAAAUAAAGAAACUCGGGGUGCAAAAUUGUUACUUCCCCAUUUUUGUAUCAAAAAGUGUGCUGGAAAAAGAGAAGUCGCAUAUAGCUGAUUUUGCCCCAGAGGUAGCUUGGGUCACGAGAUCUGGUGACUCAGAAAUGGCUGAGCCAAUUGCUGUCAGGCCUACUUCUGAAACUGUUAUGUACCCAGCUUAUGCAAAAUGGAUUCAGUCAUAUCGAGAUCUUCCUAUCAAACUUAACCAGUGGAAUAACGUUGUGAGAUGGGAGUUCAAGCAUCCACAGCCAUUCUUGCGAACGAGAGAAUUUUUGUGGCAAGAAGGUCACACUGCCUAUGCCUCGAAGGAAGAAGCCGAUGUUGAGGUCACAACAAUAUUGGAUUUGUAUGCAAAAAUAUACACAGAUUUGUUAGCAAUUCCGGUGGUGAAGGGCAGAAAAACUGAAAAAGAAAAAUUCGCCGGCGGUGACUACACCUUGACUGUAGAAGCUUUCGUAUCGGCUAGUGGUAGGGGAAUUCAGGGUGCAACCUCCCACCAUUUGGGGCAGAACUUUUCCAAAAUGUUCGAUAUAAUUUACGAAGAUCCCGAGACACAGGAAAAACGGUACUGCUUCCAGAACUCGUGGGGAUUUACAACAAGGACAGUAGGAGUGAUGAUAAUGGUGCAUGCUGAUAACCAAGGUCUAGUCCUACCACCAAGAGUAGCCUCCAUUCAAAUAGUUAUUGUCCCCUGUGGAAUUACGGCUGGGUUGUCUGAAAAAGCACGCGAUGAUUUACAAUCUUCGUGUGAUGCUUUAGAACGCGACUUGAGAGCUGCCAAUGUGAAAGUAAAAGGAGACUAUCGGUUGAACUAUUCUCCUGGCUGGAAGUUCAAUCACUGGGAGCUGAAGGGCGUUCCGAUUCGCAUAGAACUUGGGCCAAAAGAUAUUGAGAAGAAUCAACUAGUAGCAGUGAGGAGAGAUACUGGGGAAAAAAUAACAAUUUCCCGUGCUAAUGCUGUCCAGAAACUAGAGCAAUUAUUGGAAGACAUCCAAAACAGCUUAUUCCAAAAAGCAAAUAACGACUUGGAAAGCCACAAAAUCAUCUUGACGGAUUGGUCUCGGUUCGGCCCCAGUUUGGAUAAAAAGAAUAUUAUCCUAGCUCCCUUCUGUGGCAACAGCAAUUGUGAAGAUAGAAUAAAAGCAGAGAGUGCAAGGGAUGAUGGAGAUAAUGCUGAACCAGGUGCACCAUCUAUGGGAGCAAAAUCUCUUUGCAUACCACUGGAACAACCUGCUGACAUAAAACCAACGGAUAAAUGCAUUCAUCCAGCAUGCACAAAUAAACCUUUAUACUAUACACUAUUUGGAAGGAGUUACUAA